AUCACUCGUGCCGAGCGCGCUGCCGCCGGAGGAACCAAGCCGCCGCAUCGCCCGUUUCAGCGAGCGAGCCGCCACGGACACAGCAUCAGCCGCACCGAGGAGGGAAUACCGCCGCCGCCGCAGCCAGACAGCAGGAGUAGUAAUACCACAGGAGGAGCAGCGCGUCGCUGGGAAAGAUUGGGGACAUGGGCACCUGAGGGGCUCAGGGUGCGCGCGUGUGUGUGUGUCUGUGUGAGCGCGACGGAGUUCGUCGUCGCCGCCGGUCUGAGCCCUUCUCGACGAGAGCCAUGGCGGCAGCCGCUGCCAGCCGGAGACACCGGGUCCCCUCGGCGAUGCUGCUGUCAAAGCCGAUGCUCGUCCCGAUGCUGCUGCUGCUACUCGGAUUCAUAGCACUCGCAUCAGCCGGGAGCGUAGCGAAGCGGCCCUGGAAGAACAGCACCUCGUGCGACCCGGACACGCACUUCGUCUGUCGGAGUGACCCAAAGAUCUGCAUAGCGCUCUCCAGGGUCCGCGACGGCUCGGCCGACUGCCCCGACGCCUCGGACGAAGCUUGCCACCGGGGAGAGUUUCGGUGUCUGAGCAACUACUUCUGCAUUCCGGAGCGGCGCGUUCGAGAUGGCUGGGAAGACUGUCCCGACGGCUCCGACGAAAUUUGCCAAAAGAACGAACACCGGUGUCGCUGCGGCUUCCCUCGCUGCAUCAGCGUCGAGCGAGUCGGUGAUGGCGUCAGGGACUGCCUGGACGGCUCCGAUGAAGACAAAGAGAAAGGCAAGGCUUACAAGUGCCCCAGCGACAGCUCCUUGCAGGACCUCAUGGCCGUCGAGCGGCGUCGGCGUUCAGACUCUGAACGGAGGAGAAGGGCGCGGCAUUCGGGCCUAAUGACUUACACCGUGGGACUGGACCACCAGGCAGAAGCGGCGGAAGUGAGCGUGGCUCUGAUCGAGCCCACGGGCGCCCUGGCCACUCUCACCCGCACCGAAGUCAACGCUGAACAAACAACACUGCACACGACCGAAAUACGACGAGAGUACGUCGAGGGCACGUACAGUCAGAUCUUGUCCACCCAUUCCACGGUACUCGAGCUUGCGCCGUCCCUCAACGAAGUAGAAGACUCGGCUCAACAAGAAGGCCGAAGACAGGGGCCACAGACGACGCACGGCGUCCAGAGCUUCGGAUCACUGAGUUCAGGAAAGGUCUUUCAGACAGCCGUCAACGAGCUGUCCUCGGCUGUUACGACGGAGGUUCAGCCGACCAGGACCACACAAGCGUCCUUGCUGAGUGCAAUGCCGGGCACAAAAUCGACCACCGUAGUGGGCCUCAACAUCAAGAGCGGCCAAAUAUCGGAGCUUACCGAAGAAAGAGAUAGUGAGGUGCCAGUUAUAACUGUUACGGGUACGGAAGGUCUUCUCGUACAGGGAACAGGAUCUGACCAUGUGACGUACAAGGUUUUUACGGGUACUUACGUCAACACAGAGGGUCACGAUGCAAAGACGUACAUGUUCUUUUUUGGCAACAGACAGCUGCCGGUAGACGCUACGCCCUCACUUCCGGAAGAGGCAACGAGAUCAGAAGAAUUCGACAUUCGAUCAGGUAACCAGAAAGGCGUGGUCCUGGACAUUUCUCAUAAGAUCGGCAUACUUCUGCCCUCUCAGACUGUGUCUUCCAUUUCACCAACAGAGGCGCCCCGUUCGGACUACCUCAUUUUCGGAUCAGGUAGUGCACAUGGCGGUGAAUCCAUGACCGGAAUGCUGAUCGAAGGUUCUGAGCCCAUCACAAUAGAAGGCAUGACACGAUCUCACAUGUCGACAGCAAGCACAAUGCACGUCACGUUGAGCUCCAUGCCGGCUCAAAGUCGACGAGAAAAGAGCAGUUCUACAACUCACAAAAAGCCCACCCCGACACUCUACAGGCAUGGAAAGAAGUUCGAGCCAACGGCUACAGGCAGGAGAAUCGCCCCUAUGGACGGAGCAACAAUAAUAACAGACAAAUUCUUCCUUCCUCAGCACCUGGGUCUCUAUACAACGUCUCCUGUUUCGGACUCGUCCAGAACAGCUGACGAGUUUCUGGAAGAAGUCGAUCACGAUUACGACACUCCGCCGGUACAAGAAGAAGAGCCCGUGGUUAUGGUUAGAAUGAGACACCCGCUUAACAACUUCAACAUCGGGGCUUUCAGGCCUGAACUAUUGACACCUACGCCAGUUAAGGAUAUCAGGCCGACGAAAACGGUCGGUUCCCAUCAUGAUGAAUACACCGAUGAUGCCGGUGAUAUAUUCGCAACGGACGCUUUAAGCGGCCAAGAUAACGAGGAGAGUAAAUCUACAAAAAAGAACAGAGUGACUUUAUUUGGCUUUGUAGACUUCACGACGACUAUAUCUGGCACGGAAGUUGUGUUUCAACCGGCGGCAACAGGUACUUCCUUCGACUUCGGAAAGACUAGACGGCCGCAUGAUGAAGAUAUAUACAACCCAUUCAACAUUCCAACACGAAAACCGCAGACAACUUCAUCAUCAGUAAAGCGAAAAGAUUCUACAUAUGGCACCGAAACAAGAGAGUUCGUGUCGAAAUUAUCGAUGUUAACGUCUACAUUUAAGGGUGGCGUAGAAAUGCUGAGUACAAUGUACACAUCAACAAUCCCAAUGCUAGUCAAAUCUCGUUUGCCAAAAUAUGACGACACUGAUUUGGAGGAAUACGUUCACUCCCUCGCUGCUGAACGAAACAUUGGCAAUUCUGAAAACACGGAAGAUUACCUUUAUGACAGUCACAUACAUGAAAACCUUGUUCGUUCUUCAAGCUUCAGCCCUGAGGACCUAGAGACACCCAACUUCCUCUCCUCAUACGCAUUUUCGGCUUCAAAAGACCAAGAUGUGUCUUCACCAAUAUUUAGGCCACUGGAACCCAGCAGUUCUAUUCAGCCCUCAGAGACAGUUAUGGUAUCUAUGAUUGAAGGGUCGAAAACGGAAAAGUAUCCGGUAACACCGACGCGCCCAGCCCUUUCUACACCCACACCUAAAAGAAAGAAAACAUACAAGACUGGUCUAGUGAGCUCUAUAACAGGUACAGAUGUCAACGGUGACAUGACAACUGAAUGGACAACCCUAAUUAUUGGCACGGUAAUUGGCGGAAGGUACGCGCACGUCAUUCAAAGCACGUCGAGCAUAUUUUAUACACAGUCAAAGACAGAAAUGAUGGAAGAAGUUACAACACCAAAAGCUCCACCUCCAGCUCCUGGUCUUGUGCUCCCUAGCGACAUCCAGAUCGAAGGAGUAUCUGAUCGGGCUGUGACCGAACAACAACUUGAAGAAGGCACUGAGGCCCCGGCUCCCGUUACAGAAGAGACACCUCAAGCUGAAAGUGGUGAAGGAGCUCAUGAUUCGUUGGACGUAUACAGUAUCACUUCUAAUUUCGCUGUUCCUCUUAUAAAUCAGUCACGGGUUGUUGAAGACAGCUACGAAACAGCAUUGCCUGGGCAAGAGCAACCAUCAGUCGUAGAACUAUCAGAUGGUCUACACCUUUCCACACUAGUUCCUUCAAUCGAGCCAUCUUACACUUCACCCUCGUCAACAUCGGACGUUGCAGUCUUGACAGACGGAUUCAUUCUUCCUAGCACACAAGAGACCGCGAAGGAGUAUGACUAUGACCAGCAGCCGACGACAUCUGCAAGCCCGGAAGAAGACAAGCCGAAAAUUAUCACCAUGGGAUUUAUUUUACCUGGAGCUGACCCCGCAAAAGAGUACGAAGACGACCUUGUGCACACUGAGGAAGUUAGACUCCUGACUGAUGGCUUUGUACUGCCCGGCCAGGAUCUGCCUUCUCAACUAGGAAAUGAUCAAACGCAGAGCACCCUACAGGGAAGAAUUAUUGACACCGUGGUACCACCGCAGCAAGAAGCAGCGACAGUGACAUCAUAUCCCAUCACGCAUUAUUCUACAUUCACUUACUACACGACACUGCCAGGUCCCAGCGAUAGUAUUGUGUCAAGUAGAGAAGUCACAACGUCUCGAGUGUUCGAAAAUAGUGAGGAGUAUGAAGAGGCUCGGAAACAUGGCUUCGACACUAUCGCGCCAGAGAAAUCCAUGCUCUCACUGGAUCCUUCACAACCGGCAACACUGAUGACCACUUAUACGUACCAAAGCACCUAUACAUUGGACGGCUCAACACUUGUAUCUGUCAGCGAGAAAACUAUGUCUGACCUGCUGACUCCUUCUGAAGAAAAUGUGGAUCGUGAAAAAAUUUCGCCGACAGCCACUCAAAUGUAUCUCGAAACGUCCCCGAGCUACGAUGUUGCUUCUGGUACUGGACAAGAAGACCUACACGCACAGAAAUCAAGUGAAAGCUCCGAACCUGAUGAGACUAGUUCCUCAAGAGCGACACCGCCUUUAGAAGCGGCCCCCACAACCUACUUCACAACUUACACUUAUCUUACAACGCUCUUCAAGGACGGUACUUCCAGCGUAACAAGCAGCUUGGAAACAGUUUCAAACGUACUUUACGGCUCCUCAAGUGGUUCCGAAGACCCAGCGCAUGGUAGCUUAAAAAACAUUUCACCAACCUCUAUGGUUCCAGUGACAACAUACUAUACCACAUAUACCUACUUCACGACACUUCUCAAGGAUGGAACAUCAACCGUUACUAGCCGGGAAGAGAUUGUAUCGAACACAGUUCGAGGGAGUGAUGCUGUGAUGACGACACAUACAAGUGAUCUGAUAGAACCAACGAAGACGGACCUUUUGUCGACGGUCUAUACGACCUACACGUACUACACGACGUUCGUACGUGGAGGUAGCACAACUAUCCGGAAUCGCACGCAAGUUGUGUCCAAGGUCAAGACAAUUUCUCAACCAAGUACUAGUGAACUCAUCACAGCACCUGUUGUAUCUACUUACUACACCACGUACACGUAUUUCACUACAGUUAAUAGAGGAGGAACCAAGUCUGUAAAAAGCCGCGAGAGUGUCAAGACGAAUGUAGUUACGAAAUACCCGAACACAGAUGCCCACCAGUCGACGCCAGUGCCAUCGGUUAUAACGACCUACACAACCAUACUUUCCCCAGUUACGGUGUACCGAGAUGGAACUCCUCGAGUUUCCUUUAUAUCAAAAACGUCGGCCAUAACAAAAACUCUUACCCAAUCUUCCACACCAACAUUUGAAGAAGCUGUAGAAAGCACCAUUCAAGCUACGCCGACGGCAGGAAUGCACACUAUGUUCACAACUUACACUUACUAUACGACAUUUUACGAAGAUGGUACACCGGUGAUAUCCAGCCGAGAAGAGACGGUAACGAACAUGAUUUCGGAGCCGACAGAGACUCCUCACCUUGAAGAGACCAAGCGGAAUCUUGAAAGCAGCACCAUCGUUCGCACAUACUAUACUACUUAUACAUACUUCACUACGUUUGAAACUGAUGGAAGUCCGACUGUAACUAGCAGGGAAGAAAUCGUAACGAACUACGUGACUAUGACGCCGCAUGACAUUAUCACAGGGGUGUCACCUACAAGUGUAUCUCCCGAGGCCCAGCCUACGGAGGUAUCGGUGACGGAAGAGACCCCUCCUCUGCUUAGCUCGCUUCCCGAGGGCAUCGACCUACGAGAACUUCUUCGUAAUGUGCCGGUUACGCACUACACUACUUAUACCUACUACACGACGCUUUACAACGAUGACAGCACAGUACUGUCAAGCAGGACGGAAGUUGUUUCUAACAUUGUGGGUCCCACCGCGGCUACGGCGCCCACACUGCCCGCAGGCCUUCAGGUUGACCACACCGAUUCGCAGUCAUCACUUGAGUCAACCGAAUCGACGCACGUAUCGAGCUCCAAAGCAACAGAAAGCAGCACGAGUGAAGCUAGCUCCGAAUCCGAAUCUAUUGUCUCCGAUUCAGCUGUUCAGCAAAGCGCCACUACUGCGCCAAGCCCAUCGUUGACACCGAAACUCGAUUCAAGCUUUCAGAAGGCUUCCUCAAAAUUCCAGAACGCACCACUAAAGUUCAGGCUCAGAACGCCGAUCUUAAGAAGUCGGACAAGGCUUCCACCGCCACCUGGUGCACACAUCACCAGUGCUUUGGGGGCACCUCUGAUUGUGGUGAGGAACAAGCGGAAUGCAGAUCCAGAUGACCUCGCAGUCGCGGAGGCAAGAGGAGACCAAAUAUACGCCACUCCAGUCACGUACUACACAACGUUUACCUACUUCACUACAUACCUAAAGCCAGAUGGACGUACAUCGGUUGCCAGCAACCUACAAGUCAUUUCUUCAGUUCAUUAUCCCACUCAGCGCAUCGCACCUACCAGAACAAUAUUCCACGACCAGAUCCAUCGUACCGAGCCAGUGCGCGUCUAUCCUUCCCACCAAGGAGUCACGGGGUGUAUCCGGUGCAGAUCUGACAUAAAGACUGUGUAUGUCACUCACACAGACUACAUCACUGAGUUCUUUCAAGGACGGCCAGUGACAUCGACGCGCUACGUAACGCUUACAAACUACGUUACCGUGACGCCUGGGCAAACAGUCUACGAGCACAGACCUUCACAAGUCAUCGCCGUUCCAGGCUGUAUCCAUUGCAGACAGCAACCACGAUACACAACUCAUACCUACUACUCAACUGUGCUUGUCGCAGGUCGACCGGUAACAUCAACACGCUAUGAUACUGUGACCAACUACGUCACGGUUACGGUCACCGAAGAGCCAAUUCACCAACGAACAAGGCCGACAGUGGUUCAACCUCUGGUCCCUCACCAGCCAGCGACAGCGGUUGAUACGUUUUACACCACCUACACGUAUUUUACAACCAGUGUGAUUCACGGAAGGCCAACUGUGUCCACAAGAUACGAGACGUUAACGAACUAUGUUACGCGGACAAGAGAUGACGGAGUGGCCGGGCGUGCCAUUCAACCUACGGGCGCCUAUCGACCGGUGAUCAUACGGCCCACUCCGGUUAGAGAUACGGUGUACACAACCUACACCUACUUCACUACUAGGCUGAUUCACGGCCGACCAACCGUCGAGACGCGCUACGAGACAGUAACUGACUACGUGACUGUUACAGUGACAGAGCAGGCACGCAUUCGACCUACGCAAGUGUACAGGCCUCUUUACUCGACAGUGCCUGGCUAUGCGCCUCACCACACAGCUUACACAACCUACACUUUCUAUACGACGCACUAUUUGGAAGGUCGACCGGUUGUCGACACUCGGUACGAGACGGUCACGAACGUUGCAACCGUUACUCUCACCGAAUACGCGACGCCAGCAGUAGGGGCGCGAAUCAGGCCAGCAGAGACGGGACCAUACAGAACGUACCAUACUACGUACACUUAUUUCACGACACGAUAUGUUGACGGCAGUGCCAUAGUAAACACACGAAAGGAGACGGUGACGAACACUGUGUUUGGUGCUCUGUGCCGCACCUGCCCAGCGGGAUACGUAGAGGGCCGCUCGCAUGACGUUGGUCCACAUCACCAGACUGCAGCGAUAACGCACACGCUGGCACCGGGAUCGCAGAUCCAGCCAACGCCCACGACUUAUUACACCACUUAUACCCACUUUACAACAAUCCUCGAAGGCGGACGGCCCGUCGUCCAGACUCGGUACGAGACGUACACUGACAUUGUAUCCGGCAUUGUGCUGCCCACUAGGGCAUUGGUCGUGCCCGAGCCGAGCAAGCAAGAUCUCCAGCAAGGCCAUAUUCAGUCCAGACUAGACAACGUGCAAGAUCACGUACAAGAACAGCUACCGGUGUUUCAGAAGAGAGAGCCUUCCAGACGUCGACGAUCCUCACUGGCAACCAGAGUGCCGUUCGCCAUUACUGACAGAGGGUUGGCGCAAGCCGAGUACGAACUGGUUGGUGGACGCGGAGAUACGCUGUCCCAAGUGCCUCGACUCCGAGCCCACAGAGGGCUCUCCGAUGACGUAAAUGCUCCCCAAGCUCGGCCCGGCAGAAAGAUGCUGAGUCAUGCGUUCAUAGGAGUUGCCGUCGACGGGUCCAGACAGGAUGAAGUACCCGGAGGCGACCAUUCUGAAGAGGUAGCGCUUUUCAGCUCCGGGAUCGAGCCCUCGCUAGGCCGUGCAUCUUCCUGGUCUUUGGCACAGUCUCGAAGCCCACACAACGCAGCUUCUGAAAGCAUUUCGGACCCUGACGAAGUGACGACCAUCUCCAUGGGACCGAUCACCGAGGUUUACGAGCAACCCGCUACCGACAUCCCGGUGCUGCCAAAGCCGACCAAAGGUGGCUCUGCUAAGAAAUGGAAAGCCGAAAAGAAGCCAACUGCUGCUCCCGAUGUCAGCCCUGAGGACGACAAGUACGGCAUCGGCAGAAAGUUCAUCUCUCGAAAAUUGCAGCAGUUUGAAGAAGCUGAAGAAGAAGGUGUGAGACCAGCCGCAGAUUUCACGCGUAUUCGUGGAAGAAGUCGUGUUCGUGCAACGCGAGUGCAGCCGCUGCAUCUCUCCACGCCGGAAGCCCUUGUAGACAACAGUGGCGCUCCCCAGCCUGGCUUCGACAACACCGGUGCAGUUCAAGAUGAACCAGUUGAAGGUGGCGUGCGUACCGGUGUGCGUCGUGGGCGAGUGUUUCGAAGACCUGUGCACAGGAACAGAGCAAUCCUGGACGGCUCUUCACCAAAUGAAUUCAGGGGCCCUCAUGGCAGCUUCAUUCGUAGAAGACCGCCUCAUAUUGUCCAAGAUCCUGUGGACCUGAACCCGAUUCAAGAGCAAAGCUCCGCUUUUCAUUUUGGUGACGACCAUCAAGCCUACAGUCCAGGUAAUCUUCUCGAAACCCCUUUGCCUGCUCUUUCCUCUCAUCAUCUUCUUCCUUCUCCUUCUUUGGACAAUUUCUUGUCGUCUUCCUUUGUGGGUGGUGGAUACUCCUUCUCGGCACCGGAGGUUGUGGCUACUCUUACUGACCCUCUGGCAUCUCCACCUAAUCACGAAAUCACGGCGGAUGCGGUUACUCUUUCGGGACUGGAAACAUCUGCACUCCCCCAAGGCAGAGUGAGAAGGAUCAAGGUUCUUAGACCUGCCCCUCAUGGUGAAGGAUCCCUUGGUGACGGUUCAAAGAAGGUCCGCCGCGUUACGGUAACUCGGACGUUCUCCCCGGCAGGUGCACCGACCAGAUAUGAGGACUACCGGCCGCAGGUCGACACUCCAUUCAACCAGGACGAUGGCGGAUUUAACCACUUUGGUCCGCACCAAAACGUAGUACCGGUCGCUCAACAACCACAGCAGCAGCAACCACAAGACGUGCUGAGAGUUCCUGCUGAGGUAACGCAGCAAGCUGGUUUAGGACAUGGCGUCCCCUACGAUCACUUCGUCACAGGCGUGAACCAGCAGUCAUUCCCAGGGUUCAGUCCCAACGUCCCCUAUCAGUACUCGCCCCAUGUGCCACAGCAGUUCGCCCAAGCAGAGCCGUAUUCACCUCGCGCGCCUGAGCAAAACGAUCGUUUUACGCAGCUCCAGCCAGUGCAGAACUUCGUUCCCGUAGCCGAGCAACCUCCUGCGCACAACUUGAACAAUCUGCCUCUAGAGGCCCCUGUUCCUCCUCCUCCGCCACCACCAUUGCCGGAACCUGCGUCACCGACUCGAAACUCACGCCGAACAGUGUUUAGAAGAAUUCGGCCGACUAAUUCGAAUCACCACGGAGAGAGGAAGACGUCGCUCGUGCGGAAAACGCGGCCUAUUGUGUCCACACCCGCGAUUCAGCUGAGCUCUGUUAAUGUCGAUCCGACACACGUUUUUGUGUCCGCCGACUCGAUAGAUUUCAACCGAAUUCUGGGAUCGUCACAACAGUCCCUCGAGUAUUUCGGACCCGCUUCGCAAGAGUAUUUUGCCCCUGUGUCGCAAGAGUAUUUUGCCCCUGUGUCGCAAGAGGUAUUAGCGCCCGUGUCCCAGCAGUACUUCGCACCCGCGUCGGACCAGUACCUUUCUCCGGUUUCCAGAUUUCCUGAACCACCGCCUGCUUUGCCUCCAGUCUCGACGGAACCUACAUUUGACCCUCAUUCGGCGGCACCCAUCGAACAGAAUCAUGAAAAUUCUGCCGACCUAGUGGAAGACACAACACCUGCCUCCCAUCAAUUCAGGCGAAUAAUACGUGUGAAGAAACCUGGGGAAGGUAAAGGCGGUCAAAGGAGAAAGGUUGUCUUGAACAGGAGACCAUCAAUUAACAGCCUCCAGGCGCGUGGUCCAAUAAACAACGGAAACAAUGCGAAUGAACUCGUGCCCCCAAGUGUUGCUGGGCCUCCGCUUGUUUCAAGCCAGGUGUUGUCACCAGGGCAAGAAAGUGUCGGCCCAAGAGUGUCGCUAGAGAUCGGCGCUACUGUGCCGCUUACAUAUUACACUACGUUUACGUAUUUGACAACCUUCCUCCACGGAACAGACACUGUUUACAACAGCAGAGAGGCUGUCCUUUCUUCAGUGGCGACUGAGACUUUGGAUUCUAAUAUAGUGAACGUCAUUCAGAACCAUGGCGGCUUCACGACAGCGCCUGAUGGGGUUUCAACUGUUCAUCUAGGAUCAAGAACGAAAGGAGCGGCCACAACAAUUGUUAAUUUGGAGUCUCGACUUCAAAUAUUCAACAGCGACAUCUACAAGGUGAUACACCCGACGCCAACAGCACAGACAGAGGCUACAUUCAAGACAGAAUCACCGGUCCUCGAGCGCAUACAAGAGCCGCAGUCCCCGCACCAUAAUGCGCCGGGAGGAGAUGAAACAAGCACUGUGCAAUUAACGGACCUCUUUACUGCUCCAAGGACAUUUUACACUCUUUACACGUAUUACUACACGCUUUUUGAUGGCGCUGAAACAAAGAAUUCUGUCCGAUCUGAGAUUUCAUCAAGUGUCGUAUCUGAUAACAGUCCGUUCCGGCCUCCCAUAACACAGACAAAAAUCAGGAAUGGCCUUUUGCCGCUUGGGCUUGAUGUGACAACCGUCCACCUCGGCUCGCGAAACGUAGAUGGAACGACAACCGAGGUGAAUUUGGGGAUGCGUACAGUAAUUAAAUUUGACAAAAUUGUUGACGCUGAUAUCGGACAAAUUCACGAGGACGUUGCUCCGACUGCAUCGUAUUACCCGAGCUUCGCAACAGAGGCUGUGGACAACAAAAUUGAUUUCAUCUCUAACCAAGAAAGAUCUUCACUUCUCGCUGACGCUCUGCAGCCGUCUUAUGCCAUAGCUAAUGGGGACAUUCAACCGACAAGCAACAUUCAUGCGACACCAGUAAUUCUGUUCCCCGUGGACGAAUCGACAAACGCACCAAGGGCCAAGGUUAGAAUCGUCACUUCACGCGUGAAGCCGGCAGGUAGUUUGAAGUCUGGCGUGUUUCAGGCUGCUCCUGGCGUCAGGGUUCGCAUUAAGCCUGUUGUGAAACAUCUGGAGGAUUCGGCUACUUUUAGCGCCCCGCCAGAAUUGUCGUCAAGUCACGUGUACGAGCCCUUCAGCUCUUUCUUCAUUACGUCACCCAACCCAAGUACUGAGGUGACUGGAGAUGAGCCUCUUUUGUCGUCGGCCAUAUUCCCCUUGACGACUCCGGAAGACCAAGAAGUGCACAGGGGCAAAAAGAGGCUUAAAGUGACGCUUCGAAGACCAAUUCCAGGGGAUAAACUGGCAAGAACAAAUUCCUUGAACACGAGAUUUGUGAGACCAUCUCGUUUUGAAAUUACCACAAAGCCUCGAUUUUACGUUGUGACACGAACGAACGCCGCGGGUGUGGCCAGGCCGACGAAGAAUCCGUUCAAUGUGAAAGUUAGUAAACGACUCAAGCCGACAGACCUGAUUCGAGCAACUCCUUCUGUCAUCUACGAAACCUUUACAACGACGACAUCGGUUCCCGUCAUAUUUGGAUUGCAGACAAGCUACAAGGAAGUCGUCAUCACGGCGUCGACUCCAGUGACGCUGACUGCCUCACCGACUUACGGCGUGGACGAUCAUGACUUGAUUGAACCCUCCCAGACGGUAAUGCUGACGUACUUCACCACAACUACGUUCACGGUCCCGUACACUCUGGGUGACCAGACUCUGUACACGACUGUUCUCGAAACGAACUCAAGGGUCGUCACCGAGACUGUAGCUGCAAGUCAUGUCGUAGAUGCCCUUCAUGCGUCGCACUUCCCGGAAAUUAUUGGAGACCAGAAUGCCCAACUCAUUGGAAGAGGAGCUGCGCCGAAACAUGAAUCAUCCUUGAACCUGUUGGGAUCCCACUACCAACAGAGGCCCGGACUAUCGACGCGAGUCUCUGACGGCGUUACCCUUAUUGUUGCCAGCGGAGGUGAUGGAGAGGCCACUACGCAUCUAUUCCCCCAUCAGCCCACGCCUUACACCCUGCAGCCCACCUUGCUUCUGGAUGCAGUCUUGAUGAAGGAACACUUUGAUGGUCACAAUGUGACGCCGCAGCCGUACUCUGUGUCGUAUAGCACGAAGACUUUGUUCACCACGUACACCUAUUUCACAACAUUCUUUACAGAUGACUCUUCAUCUAUCGCAAGCUCCGAGCAAGUUAUUUCGAACACUGUUACAAUUCCGGUUACGCAGAACUUGUACCCAACUAUAACGCCGUACUUGCCCGAGCCUAGAGAGCCAAGCACGUACUUGGAGACAAGUGAGCGUGUAGUGACGAGCACUUCAUACAACACGUUCACGUUUUAUGCCACUUUGUUCAAUGGUUCAAGCUCCGUGGUCACGCCGUUUGAGGAAGUCCAGUCACAGGUGUUCGUCAUCACAGAGUCCUUCACAAUUACGCGAACAGUGCAGCCAACGUUGUCGAUUCAACCGCAGUCAACUCCAAUUUUCUCACGCCCCGAACCACAGCAGAGCUACCACUACCCAGACCAGGAACAGUACUUGUCGCAACAUUACUCAAGUCAGCAGCCACAACUCUACCAAGCCAACGACAUCCUUAAAUCACAGCAGCUGCAGCCGUCAACAGUUUUGAGCACUUUGUAUUCGACGCAAACGAACUUUAUUACAUUCUUCCAAGGAACAAGUACGAUCGUAACCUCCAUUGAAGAGGUUCUUUCAGACAUCGUUACUAUCACCAUUCCUCAUGGUCUGGCUACUCCUGUCCUGUCGUCUCCCCACUUGCCUUCUCCAACGACCUCGGUUCCAGAAUUUAGCACAAGGACGUAUCUCACCACACAGACACAGUACGUUACAUUCUUCAGAGGAACCGAGACAAUACUGUCUUCGAUUGAAGAGAUUGGUACGACAGUUGUAACAGAGAGGGCUGGUUCCCGACCAUCCGUCUACUCAAGGCCAGUUUCAACACCUGCGCUGCACUCCUUCGCACCGGUUAAAUCUAGCACGCCAUCUUUCGUACUGCCAUCUCUCACAGGUGCUCCAGCAGAUUUGGUUCCCUCAGUAAGGACUUAUUACACUACAUAUACGUACUUCACAACGUUCUACACUGACUCAAGCUCUAUUAUUGCUAGCAGAGAAAACGUUGUCACGUCUCACGUCACUUUGUUUGUGCCACGCGGAUCUCUCACGUCCUCAGUGAGAACGACGCCACCUACAAGAAUACCCUCAGUUGCUACGACCACAUCUUCCUUGACAAGUUCUUCCUCACGGCCCACAACGACCUCUACAUCUCGUUACACGCGGCCAACGGCGACUACACCUCCCUACGACACAAAGUUGUACACGACUGGUACAACGUAUACUACAUACACUUUCUAUACCACGCUGUUCGGUGGUCAAGACAAGAUCGUGAUUUCGAGCGAACAAGUUGUGCCGCAGAUUGUGACCACAAGGAUAGGCUCAAAACCAUCAACUACGUCGUCACGCUUCAGACCUACACCUACUGUCCUGACGCAUAUGACUACUUAUACCUACUUCACCACCCUCGUUAGUGAUUCAGAGACCAUUGUGUCAUCGUCAGAAGAAGUUAUAACACAGCUUGUAUCGACCACCAUAUCGCCGUCUUCUUCAACCAGCUUCGUUCCAGAGGUGAAUAUCAUUACUUCUUCACUGUACAAGCCCGUCAAAGAAGAGAAAGUGGAACCGUCCAGCAAAACAGGAACAAGCCAAUCAAAGAGGCCGUCUUUCGGUAGUGGUUUUAAGCGUCCUUCAACUGGCUUCCACCAGAAGUCUUCUGUCACGAUUUUUGCUUCGUCCAGUUUUAUCCCUAGUUCUUCCCCGACGCUAACAACAGUGACGCCAGCGUUUACAAUUCUCGAGUCACCAUCCAUUGAAGAAGAAAGCACAAGGUCAUCGAUGGGAGUCUCCACAACAGUUAUCGAUGGCUCUACCGUCAUCUUCUUUACUGACAUUGCUGCCAGUCAAGAAGAAGAAACGGAUUCCAUUGGUUCUGAUUCUGUAUCUUCGCUUUUCACAUCUUCAAUGCUCUCCCCAGUUUUUGUACCUUCAUCGUCACUCUUCCCAGAAAUCCUCGAAAGUUCUUUCUUUUCUUCGCCGUCAGUUGCUGCACCUGUCACAUCUACAACCAUUCUGGAAAGCAGCACUAAAUAUGUCGGUCACGACAACGAAACAACCACAUUGGCGCCAAGCAUUACAUUAUUUAUGGUCACUGGCACAGAUGGCUCUCUAACAAGGCUCACAGAGGCAACAUUCACAUCGCGAACGCAAGAUGUUUCUCCUAGCAAGGCAGCAGCACCUGCGAUUGCCGACAUUGUUGCCACGGAGAUACCAUACUUGCAAGCUCCAUCGCCGUCUUCGCCUAGCUCUGGAGCUAGUGGUAGUCAGGUAGGCACAAGUUCCCCGUCGAAGCCAAUAAAACCAGGCUCCAUCAUCGACCUUGCGGACGUGCUUGGAGGAAAUGCAAACAUCGGCGGAAAUAUUGGGGAAGCCAUCAAAGGCAUUGUUCACCUUUUGUCUAAUGGCAAGAAGAACGGUACUGACAGUGAUCUCCAACCAAGCCAAGUGAAGGAGGACGUGCCCCUUCCACCGAGUGAUGGCGUGACCGUGAGUAACAUUGAAGAGCCCGUUUAUAUCCCAGUUGGCGCGAUUGCGUCCGACAUGUCGGCCGCUGAGCGAAGUCAGGUGCAUAGUGACUCGUUCGAUGGUCCAGCGUUGACUUCUAUCCUGCACGGAAAGCCGUCAAUUAUGGGAGAGGGCUUCCACACAGACGUGUUUACCGGCGCAGAAACAGUGUUCCUUCUUCCUACGGACGCUCACUACGACGAUGACGCAGCGGACGGAGAGGGCGUUCCGGAACGCGUUGACAAAGAUACAUCUGUCCACCUUGUCGGAAGCGUUCAAAAGGCGUCGCUGCCUUCCACGGACGCCACUCCGGCGUUAGACGCUAACACGGGUGUCAUCACCGGAGACAAGACCAUUUUCUUCGACGACUUUGACAAACUCACUGAGCUCACACAGAGGGCGGAGGACAGCAAGGGCGAUGCCACGAUAUCGGACCCGAAAGAACUUUCCAAGGUCGUCGGCGUCCAGACCAUCUUCUUCCCCGACACCAGCGUGCUCCAAUCUUCUCUCGCAAGCGAAGUUCAGAUCACAGGAGCAACUACCAUCUUCGGAGAGGGCUUCACACCCAUCCUGCCAGGCACGCAAGAUUCCUCAGAGACACUUGUCUCUUCCAUUCAACCUACUGUCGUCGGCGGUGCCAAGUCAGUCAGCGGCGCUACUACCAUCUUCUUCCAACUCGAUGGCGAGAGAGUUCCGAUACUACCAUCCGUGUCCACGAGCUUGUCUACCGUGACGCAGUACGUCACAAGUGUGGAGUCCUUCACUCGAACACUCACACUGACGACGACGAAGGUGUAUUACACGAGAGACAGCCCGCUGACGAUAACGUCCGUUUUCACGACGACCAUCGCACCGAGGACUUUCGUGUCGACUAUUAUCGGAAGUCGCACCAUCCUAGGCACCUUGCCCGAGCCUUCCGCUUCAGUUGAGGCCCAGCUGACGACGCCUCUGCCGAGCGAAGUCACCACGACGGUCACCACGACGACCCUCAUCUUCAACUCCAUCACAACGACCGUGGUUCGGACGUUGGUGCUCCCAACGGAAAGACCGGAACCAACUAGCUCCUCUUCCAUCGCCAACCUACCGACGACGUCUGUCCUAGUAACGCCCGAGGUCAGGGGAAGAACUCCGGAGUCCGCCGACAGCAAGUCCCCUCCGACGUUGCGCCCGCCUCAUCGGCGCCCCACGACGCCUCGAACGACGACUGCGGCGCACGGCAAACGACCGGUGAUUGCGUUCAGAGCACCAUCGAGGACUCCAGACACGGCAAGCACCAAGCCGAUGCCAACCGGGCCAAAGUUCAAGAUACCAUUCCCGAAACCACCGACCACGACAACGACCACACCCAAGCCGAGCAGGCCGCCCAAGUCCAAGCCUGGAAAGGUGACGCCUAUCGACGGCUAUCCGCCAGUAUGUCUGCCAGGUUGCAACACGGCGAACUACGAGGUCUGCCGCGAAGCGUUGGAUGGCACGUGGCAAUGCAUGUGCAAGCCUGGUUACGGAAGGCAGGACGGCAACAAGACCUGCACAGAGGUCGAGACGUACGUUGUCAUCCUUCGUGUUGUCAAGAUGGGAGAAUCGGCAGUGUCGUAUAGUACGGAACUCUCCAACAGCCUUUCGACCGAAUUCCAACAAAUUGCCGACGCAGCUAAGAAAGGAAUGAGCGACGCUUACAAGAAGACGGAUGUGGAGAGCCAGUUUGUGACGUCGAACUUGAACAGCAUCUCGGCGGCGGACGACUUGGACACCGCCGACAGCGCGCCGCAGGGCAUCCUGCUGAACUUCACGGUGUCCAUGGCGAGGUCAGAGGCCAUCACUUCCGAGGUGAUACGUGAACAGCUGACCCGGUCGCUGCGCCAAUCGAACUACAGCAUCGGGAAGAGCCCGCUAUUCGUCAGCCCCAACGUUCACGCCGUCGCCGCUGUUCAAGAUUACGACGAGUGUGGUGACUUGGACGCGAACGACUGCAGCCGGUUCUCUGUCUGCGUCAACUUGCCGGGAACGUACACUUGCUACUGCAAGAGUGGCUUCGAAGACCUCGACCCGCUGCGACCGGGCCGUGUUUGCUCAGGAGAGAUCAAGAACUGCGACCACUGCAACGGCCGCGGAACAUGCCUGGUGAACGACGAAGGAAAGAGGAGCUGCCGCUGCAACCGCAUGUUCCUGGGACGCCGCUGUGAGAUCAACGGUCUCGUGCUGGCGAUCGCGCUGCCGAUCGCGCUGGCUCUGCUGGUGAUGAUGCUGUGCUGCCUGGUGUGCCUGUGCCGCCGUUGGAAGCGCCGGGCGCAGCGCGCCAAGGGACCCUUCCGGCUGGGCGCCGUCAGCCCGCUCGGGGGCACGCUUGACAAGAAGGCCAUGAUCACCGACACCUCGAGCGAGAGCAGCGGAGAGCAUGCGCUCAAGCACUCCUACGCCUUCGACGGCUUCAUGGUUGGACCAGGACCCGGAAGACCUCUCAGUUCCGGAGCCAUCGACACGCUCGGCCGAGACCAGGUGGACGUGGGGAGCAUGCAGAGCAAGCUGCUUUACGUCUUGGACGGUUCGACUGGCAAUGUUCGGCAACCAGCGGACAGCAAGUCGGACGAAGGCCGCUUUGCAACGCUUCCGGACACCAACACUUUCAACCGUUGGAAGAGCAGUCAAGCCAAGGAGGAAUCCACGGGAGCCAAAAAGAAGGGGUCCAAGAAAUCUAGUCCUGCCUCGAGCGAGAAAAAGGCGAGCCCACCAGCCACGGGGACGGCGCAGCGUCGCCCCGAUGCCCCGGCACCUCCCCCACCCCCGCCACCGGCGCCGAUCACUCCGGGCACGUCCCGCUGGCUCGAUAGUUCCAAGCGAGCCGCCGAGCGCCAGCACCUCGUGCAUCAGAAGCAGCAGCAGCAGCAGCAGCGGGGACAAAGCGGCGACGAUGCUCCCUCGCAGCCGUCCACUUUCUCUCGCGAAAUGGACAAGUUCCGAAACACCAUGACCGGACCGUCCGACGCUGGCUCACAGCAGCCGCAGCAGCAACAGCAAAGCGAGGACGCCUACGGCACCAAUACCUUCACCAAGAAGAGCACAAUCUCGGAGACGGGCCGAUCGUACGACGAGACGACCAUCCGGCCCGCAGUGAAGAGGCUGCGGCCGCCCGACGCGCCCGACGAUGAUGCCGUGCCCAGCACUUCGCGCGGCGGCGGAGGUGGUGCCAAUUUUGGCGAGGAGAACAGCCGCUUUGAUGACUCCGGAAAUGACGUUGCCCCUUCAGCUAGUCCAAUCCAGGGUCUUCGUGCCGACGCCUCGAGAAGGCGAAGGACUUCCAAGUCGGGUUCGUCGACAGGAGACUCGGAUGUCGUCGCACGACCUUUUUAGGAGCUUUUUGGCCUAGGACACGUCGGCGUUCUGCGGUUACACCAGAUUACGAUGAAUUGCGCAUUAAUCCUAAUCAGAUAAAUUAACGACCAAUGAUAGCGGGUUACCGACUUUGCAAUUAUGAGAGGAUAUGUUUCUCACAUGCUUCGCGCAGGUUUAGACUGUGCCUUUGUUGAACACAUCCCCUUUCGUUCAUGUCUUCCUUGCAACUAUCUACUCCCUUGAUGUUUCCGCGCCAUGUUCUCAAGCGGUAUGAAUGGUUGGGCUACAAAGGAUACAAAAGUGGCUUUGGAUGUGAGUGCUGCGAUAUCUGUCGAUACUUAUCUGAUCGAUAUAGUUUCUAUCUUUCUCUGCACCGUUUAUUUCUCGCUUCAUAAGCUAAGCGCAACUGUAAGCUCGCCCUUCUGACAGUUUCCUUUGUUCGACGAAAACUUAGGCUUGCCAUAAGAAUCGCUCACGCGUGCGCCAUUGUUUUGUCAGCAAGCGCUUGUACAUAAUAGAGACUAUCAUUGCCUUGUUUCAUUGUAUCAUAAUUUUAACCGGAAUGUGCAUAUGUAAUUAUAAGAAGCCUAGGUAUUUUGUUUUUUCUUUCGCUUCAAUCGCCAGCUUAUGUUAUGUAGCUUCUAUCGAUAUUAAGCAUUUUUUUAUUUUGUUUUUUUUUUACAGAAACUGAGAAAAUCAAGUUUUAGCAGCAUCUGUUGUUUGUGCUAGCUGCUUAAUCGAAGUAUGGCUAGCUCCACAGUAAGGCUUCCAAGAUGAUGACGUCACUAAUACUAAGGCCACAUGUUAUGGCGCAGAAAUAAUUCGUCGCACUUGCACACCUGGCAAAGAGAGCCUGCUUUGUAAAUAGUAUUGAUCUAAUGAUCUCUCUGUUCAGCUGUUCAAGGUGCUGCCGAAUUGUUAUUUUUCCCUGGGGAGGUCAGGUAACACAUGCCAACUGCUCAUAUUCUUUUUGUGGCGUACUUCGCAGCCCUCAUUCCUUGUUUUUAUUGCAGAAAUAUUGCUAACAGUGAAAAGAAGUGAAUAAAGAUAUUUUUCAA